UUUCAUGUUUUUAUCGCUUACAAAAUUCAUAUUAUCCUCUAUUGCAUCUUCCAUCUUCCAACAUUAUGACAAUUUAUUAGCUAUUAACGAAAAAAAAGCAUGAAUUCUAAAAGAAAUGAACUUCCUGCACCAGAUUUCCUCUCAUCCAGGGAAACAUACGAGAAAUAUGAGAAAUCACAAAAUCGUAAUGUCAAUCCUGUGCCUAUUCCAACUUCAAAUGUUACACCUUUAACUUACCUCAAUGAAUACAAGGUUGUUACUCGAACUCCAUUACCUCAGGAUGAAGUAAUGGUACCAAUGCCACAUGAACAAAUUAUCUCAAAGCAGAAUAUACAAACUUUACCGAAAAAACAACUACCAUUCGGUCGAGUAGUAGCAGCUGCUAUUGCUAUACCACUAUUCGUUAUGUUUUUCCUAUUCAUCGCUAUAUGGUUCCAAGAAUUGGGCUUCAUUUAAAAUUCGUCACAGUACCGCUCAUUAUAGUAUUGCUCAUUACAGUACUACUUCAUGAUAUAAAUUUAUCAAAAAAUACACGGUAAAGAAAGUGAAUUGCAUUACUGAAAG